AUGCCAUCCAGUAGUGGUGUUUCUCAAAACAUGAGUGUCUCCAUACUCAAUAACUUCCUAAGCUCCUCCUCUCCUUCUUCCAAUCCCUCCACUACCCCUCCACCUCCGUCUUGCAGUAUUGACGAGUCCUACAAGUACAUCUUUCUCCCCAUCUGUUACUCUUUCACCUUCAUCUUUAGCAUCUCCCUCAACUCUGUCGUCCUCUACCGUUCCUUUCGUCGAACCAAGCGCUGGAAUGCUUCGCUGAUCUACAUGGUCAACCUAGCCUCCACAGACUUCAUGUACGGCAUGUCACUGCCAUUCCUUGUAGCCAGUUAUGUCAUGCGUGACCGCUGGGUCUUUGGGGACUUCAUGUGCCGCCUGGUCCGUUUUCUUUUCUACUUUAACCUCUACUGCUCCAUCUUCUUCCUCACUUGCAUUUCUGUCCACAGGUACCUUGGUAUCUGUCACCCAAUGAAAGUCAUUACACUAGAGACCAAGAAGGCUGUUAAGUGCACUUGUGUCCUGGUUUGGAUUGUAGUGUUUGCUUUGACUUGUCCUAUCUUCCGGUUUGCUCAAACCGGUCAUGUGACAAGAUUGGCAGGCAUUGGUAGCAAUGCAAGUGGUGCUGACAACCCAAACCAUGAGCAAUUACCAAUAAACAGUAAUACCAACCAGGGUAACUGGGGAGGAAUGGUUGAGGAGUACCAGAACUGUUGGGAUGAUGCUAUAGAUAAAGAGUUUUCUGAUUAUGUGCCCUAUGGCAUCAUCCUCCAUUUGUUAGGCUUCUUUUUGCCUUUUUCCAUAAUUGCUUGGUGUUACUCCCACGUAGUUCUGACCAUAUUUAGGACUCUGCAUUCUCAACCCUCGUCCCGCCAAGGCCCAAAAGAGGGAGGACAUGAGGGCAUGGACAGACAAGAAAGGAGUGGCCCUAGAAUAGUUGGACGAGGAAGAAGAGGAGGCAAUGGGCUGUCAAAGACACUGGGAAGAGAAGAAGGAAUUUCCAUUUUCCUUGGCGCUCACUCCCCGUAUGCCAAUCGCAGACGAAAAUCCAUCAAGACCAUCGUCACCAUUACCCUCCUCUUUGCUCUGUGUUUCUUCCCCUUCCAUGUAACCAGAACUAUCUUUCUCCUGUUGAAAGUAACCAAGGGAGUUCCCUGUCACACCAUGACCAUGGUCUCCAUGUGCUACAAGAUCACAAGACCUUUGGCAUCAUUCAACGCAUGGCUCAAUGCCCUCCUUUACUUCCUGACUAAAGACAAGGGGGGAGCUCACUGUUGUCAGGCGGUAAACACCACCACUCAACAAUACGGUGGGCUUCUGUUGCCACUGAGGAUGAUGGGAAAAGCAGAGAAUGCAGAGGAGGGGAAGAUUGAAGAUGUGAUGGACAAUAAGGAGGAUAAACCAUUUCACAACAGUCCAUCAUACAUGAACAGAGCAAAAGUCAGAUAUUUAGUUGAAUAG